GAUAGAUAUUUAUUGUACUGUUAAUAAGGAAAAAUGUAAAUAUGAACUUCUCUUGUUGGACACAACUUCUCAAACCCUCCCCCGAAGAAACAAAACAACAACAACUGCGAGCUCUGACUGGCUGUGGAGGUGAUGACAUCAGGACACAGAUGAUUCAUAAUGGACGUGAUGGGCUGGAGGUUGAUUUACUCCUCAGACUUUCCGCCUGAACUUCUUUGUCAAACGACAUCAGACCACAUCAGUCGCUCCUAUAGAAAACGUGUUUACCAUGACUUCAUAGAUUCUGUUAUAUCAUGAUGCUGUAUAUAUGUUAAAUCUUGUUGGUAUUUUUUCAACCCCUGAAAAACUGUCCCAGGGGUAGAAUUGUGCUUCUUUAAUGUGUUCUUUGCAGAAUAUUCCUGAACAUGCUUCGGGACCGACAGCUGCUCAUUAAGCAAUAAUUGGUUGUGUGUUUGUGCGUCAGCUGUGGUCAUGAACGACACGUCAGAAGUCACCCAGGUGCUGCAGCAGUAUCAGGUGUCUGUCACAGUUCUGACAAUGCUGCCGUGCGUCCUGUUUCUGUACGUGAACGGCGUCAUGCUGUUCGCCGUGCUGAGGAAGCCCGUCUUCCAGGAGUCCUCUCGGUACAUCCUGUUCGGCCACCUGCUGCUCACUGAGUCCCUGCAGCUGCUGGUGUCUGUCUUACUGUUCACCAUGGCCGUGGCCGCCGUCCGAAUGGUCAGCUAUGCUUGCGUCCUCCUCACACUGUUUGCAACCAUCACUGUGAAAAUGUCCCCCCUAAACCUCGCUGUGAUGUCCCUGGAGAGGUACGUUGCCAUUUGCUUCCCGCUGAGGCACGCGGACAUCGCCACCACCGUGAGGACAGGUGUGGCCAUCGCCGUCAUGUGGACGGCGGCGUCUUUGGACGCGUUCACCCAGCUUUUCAUUUUCGUCCGGCUCGAGAACAUGAGCUCCACUGUGCCUCGGUACUGCAGCAGACAAAAUGUCUUCCGGCUACAGAUUUCUAUAACUUUAUACAAGGUCUUCAACAUUGUGUAUUUUGUAAUAGUGAGCAUUAUUAUCAUCUAUACAUACGUUGCUAUCAUGAUCACUGUGAAGUCAGCCUCUGCCAAUGUCCGUGAGGGCAGCAAGGCCCAUAGGACGGUGCUGUUGCAUCUGUUUCAGCUCGGCCUGUGUCUGGUCUCCACCAUGUUUAGUAUGAUAAAGUCUGGACAACUGGUAGGAGUCCUCUUUGUGCUUCUCAUCAUCCUCCCAAAGUGUUUGAGCCCUCUCAUAUACGGCCUCAGAGAUCAGAUCUUCAGACACGUCUUUAUAUACUAUUUCACCUUCGGCUUCAAAAUCACUAACAAGACAUUUCCUAAGUCCUGAUUUUUAUUUAUUUAUUUAUUUAUUUUAAGGUAAAGGGAUCGUAUAGUUGCAGUUGGAAAGUGUGUUCGCUUCCUGUGAUUGACUUUCUUGUGUGAUAUAGUCAAAUGUGUCUGAUCAGAUUCAGGUCAGAACUAAAAAUGUGGCUUAAAUCAUUAUUAUUUAUCGUCUGUUUCUCUUACAAGAUGUAAGAUAUUGUACACUACAAAAAAAAAAUUAGCCCAAAACAGGCAUUUUAAGUGUUUAAAUUUCGUGCAAAUGCUCCAUCUUAUUGAAGUACAUAAGUUUAAGGUAAUGAGUCACAUGUGAUACAAAGUUUUUCCUCAUCAUGUUGAGUCUCUGUGUAUAACUAACAAGUUAGUUCGUGCAGACGUAUCCCCUCUAAUCACGUCUCUUUAUUCAGUUAUAUUUAAAUUUAAGGGGAAUGAAACCCAUCUCAUUUCCUUCACGUGUUGGUAGGUUGUCGUUUCAUCCACGUCUGUGAUAUUAGUUUCAGAUGCAGUGUGAGCAGGUAAUGUGAUUAAUCCUUGAGGUCAUUCAUUAAAUGAAAAAGUAAAACCUUC